CUUCCCCUUUGCUCGCGCCUCUUCAAGAUUCACAAAAACCCUAGAAACCGCCAAACUCCCUCAACGAAGGGAGGCGAGAGAAAGAGCAACCAACGGAAAAGAAGAAAAGUUCAAGAAAAAGUACUCUCUUCACUCUCACCUCUUUUUUUUCUUUGCGAUCUGAAUCUAAAAGCUAAGGUGUCAAAUUGUCAAUGGCAUCUUCAAACCAAGUCCCUGCUGGAGUUAUAGCACCUACUCCUGACGUUGUUGGGAAUGCAUUUGUUCAUCAAUACUACCUUAUCUUGCAUCAAUCCCCGGAACUGGUUCACCGAUUUUACCAUGAUAGUAGUAAACUUGGUCGACCUGAAGAAAAUGGUAUCAUGAGUAUCACAACAACACUGCAAGCCAUCAAUGAGAAAAUACUCGCACUUGGAUAUGGAGAAUUCACAGCAGAGAUAACUAGUGUAGAUGCACAGGAUUCUCACAGUGGAGGAGUACUUGUACUUGUAUCUGGGUAUUUAAUUGGAAAGGACAAACUGAAGCGGAAAUUCACUCAAACUUUCUUUUUGGCUCCCCAAGACAAGGGCUAUUUUGUUUUAAAUGAUAUAUUUAGAUACGUUGAUGAUGGGAAAUGUGAAAGUGGGAGCCCGGAUCCAGUUAUUAAUAUUGAAACUUCUCUAUCUCUUGAGCAAGAUUUUUCACCUGCUAUGGAGAAUCACAUUGAGCAAUCGGAAACUUUGCCAGAAGAAGCUAAUCGGCAAUUGUACAAUUCUUUUGAGGAUGGGGAUGGUUCUAAAGAAGAAGAGGAAGCUCCAGCGGCUGAGGUUGUUGAUGAGAUUCUUGAUGAUUCACAGAUGGUUGCUGAUUCUAACUCCAAAAUUGAGGAAGUGCCUAAGAAAUCAUAUGCGUCUAUUCUGAAGGUUAUGAAGGAGAAUGUUAUCCCUGUAUCAAAUCCUACACAUUCCUCUGUGAAGUCUUCAUCAAAAUCUCAUGAGCAACCAAUACCUGCUGCACCACCGUGUGCUCCAUCAAUAGCAUCUAAUGCAGGGGUUUCCAGUAACAAUGUUGUAGAAAAUGGGAAUAAUCAAGAUGUGGAAGCUGAGGGUCUCUCUAUCUAUAUCAAAGGUUUGCCUUUGAAUGCCACACCUAGCAUGUUGGAGAAUGAAUUUAAGAAGUUUGGACCUAUUAAGAUUGGUGGUAUUCAAGUUCGAAGCCAGAAGGGGUUCUGUUUUGGUUUCGUGGAAUUUGAAAUGGCAAGUUCUGUGCAAAGUGCUUUAGAGUCUUCACCUGUUAAUAUUGGUGGACGUAAAGCAGUUGUUGAAGAAAAACGAUCUACUUCUCGAGGCAACAGAAGUCGGUCGUCACCUGGUUCUGGGGCUGGAUACAGGAAUGAGGGAGCAAGGGGGCGUGGAAACUACAGUGGUGGAAGGGGCUAUGGGAGGGGAGAGUUUGGAAACAGGAGCAAUAACCGAGGAUAUUUCAACCGAGGUGGUGAUGGAUAUACAAGGGGUGAACAUAUGGGAAGUAGUAAUGGUGGCCGUGUGAACCGCUCUGGUGGGCUAGCAAAGAAUGUAGCACCAACUGUAUCCGCCCCUGCUUGAAG